AUAACCAUCGUCCAAUUGGCACUUAAACAAAUGAAACCUAUUUUAACAAGAAAAAAAAAGAAUCAAUCAUCCAGAGGAUAAAACAAAACACUGAAAAAAUUGCAGUCACAAGCAUUUAUACAAACAGGUAGUAAGCAGAAAUCCAGGGCAUAAAUGGAUACCUCCUCCAACGUCCUCCAUGUAGUGGCGGUGCCUUAUCCUGGUAGAGGCCACAUCAACCCCAUCAUCAACCUCUGCAAAUUACUAGCUUCCAGGAAAAACGACAUUCAAAUCACCGUCGUCGUCACCGAAGAGUGGCUUGGCUUCAUAGGCUCCGACCCGAAACCCAAUAACAUCAGCUUCCGUACCAUACCCAACGUCCUUCCCUCUGAGCUAGUUCGUGGCACCAACUAUCCCGCCUUCUACGAAGCCGUGAUGACGAAGAUGGAAGCUCCGUUCGAAAAGCUACUGGAUCAAAUUCAUCCUCCGGUGACCGCCAUUAUAGCCGACAUCGAGCUUCUCUGGGCAGUUCCCGCAGGCCGCUGGAGAAAUAUUCCGGUGGCUUCGCUUUCCACACUGUCGGCGUCGGUUUUUCAUCUCCUCUUCCGAAAUAGGGAGCUGAAUUCAUUAGGUAACAUCAUGGCUACCUCCGACGUUGACUCAGUCACCGUCAGCCACGUGGCGGCGAUGCCAUUCCCUGGCCGAGGCCACAUCAACCCUAUGAUGAACCUCUGCAAGUUACUAGCUUCAAAAAACCCCCAACUUCUCAUCAGCUUCGUCGUCACCGAAGAGUGGCGCGGGUUUAUCAGCUCCGACCCGAAACCCGACAACAUCCGGUUGGCCUCCAUCCCAAACGUCAUCCCUCCCGAGCGUCUCAAAGCCGCCGACUUUCCGGGCUUCUACGAAGCUGUCAUGACCAAGAUGGAAGCUCCGUUUGAGCUACUGCUCGAUCGGCUCGAGCCGCCGGUAUCAGCUGUCAUAGCUGAUAUUGAGGUUCGGUGGGGUGUUGGGUUUGGGAUUCGGAGGAAUAUUCCGGUGUCUUUGUUUUGGACUAUGUCAGCCACCUUCUUGUCCAUGCUACACCGUUUUAAUGUUUUCUCACAAAACAAGAACAUCCCAGUUGAAUUUUUUGAUUGUGGAGAUCAAAUACCAGGGAUUUCUUCUACUGAUUUAGCAGACCUUGGAGAAGUGUUCAAAGGAAACGACCCAAAAGUCAUUAAGCUUGCUCUGGAGUGCAUUUCAUGGGUUCCAAAAGCACAGUAUCUUCUGUUUACUUCCGUUUAUGAGCUUGAACCUCAAAUCUUUGACUCUUUACAAGCAGAAUUCCCAUUCCCUGUGUACCCAAUUGGUCCCGCCAUACCUUAUCUAGAGCCUGAACACAAUUGCUCUGUAUCAGUUGCUGACAAUAGCAUUGACUAUCUGAAAUGGCUUGAUUCUCAGCCGAAAGGCUCUGUCUUGUACAUCUCGUUGGGCAGUUUUCUUUCAGUUUCCAGCACCCAAAUGGACGAAAUUGCAGCAGGGCUGAGGAAUAGCGGGAUUCGGUACUUGUGGGUUGCUAGGGGGGAGGCUUCUCGGUUGAAAGAGAGCUGCAAUGGUGAAAUGGGGUUGGUGGUGUCUUGGUGUGAGCAACUGAAAGUGUUGUGCCAUUCUUCUGUUGGUGGUUUUUGGACUCAUUGUGGGUGGAACUCCACUCUGGAAGCUGUUUUCGCUGGUGUUCCAAUGCUUACUUUCCCUCUGUUCCUUGAUCAACUGCCCAACAGCAGGCAAAUUGUUGAAGAGUGGAGGAUUGGCGGGAGGGUUAAGACAGAGGUACAAGAUGAGAAAUUGAUGACAAGGGAAGAAAUUGCUGAGCUCGUGAAGAGAUUUAUGGAUCUUGAAAACAGUGAUGGGAAAGAAAUGCGGAAAAGAGCAAAAGAAAGCAGCGAUUUGUGUCAUCAAGCAAUUGCAAAAGGGGGUUCAUCUGAUACAAACCUUGAUAAUUUUAUCAGGGAUAUAGGCAAAGCUCCAACCUUCUAGCGGACUGAUGCUCCUGCCUUUUAGUAAGACACAACUUACUUCUCAAUAUGCAAAUUAGCCCUCAUCCAUGUGUACGACGUAGUAUGUAGAAUAAAUACUAGAGAAUCUAAGUAAGUUUCCUUGCUCAUUUUGGUUUUGAAGCAUACGGGUACUUUUUUACACAUGUCCUAUUUGUUAUGUCUUCUCAAUAUCUACUUGAUUCGAGCCU